UGGCUACGUGCCGGGUUCCGCAUCCUGUUAACCGCCACACCCUUCUAUAAUGAUGUACGCGAUUUUCUGGGAUACAUCGGACUUCUCUUGCGCUCGAAUCCCGCUGCAAAGGCAACGUUCACCAGCAGCCGUGUACGCCAGAUUGUCGAGGCCCCUCCCGGGACAGAGGACGAGCGGUUGCUCUGCAGCCAGGAGUUUGUCACCAAGCACAUCCUUAGUAAGGAGGUA